AUGACUAAUAGGAUUAAUAGCUGGUCCAAGAGGCUUUUAUCCUACGGUGGGAAAGAAAUAUUCAUCAAGUCGAUUCUUCAAGCCAUCCCUUCUUAUGCUUUCUCGGUUUUCUAUACCCCAAAUAGCGUUUUGGAGGACUUUCAGUCUAUGGUUGCUUGGGUCUGGUAUGGAGGUCUUGGGUUCAGGGACCUUCGGCGCUUUAAUGUGGCUUUGCUUGGAAGGCAGGUGUGGCACCUUAUGAGCUGUAGAGACACACUCUGCUAUAGAGUGCUGAGGGCCAAAUAUUUCCUGGACGGGGAUGUCCUCCAUUCGAAGCAGGUUGAUAAACCCUCUUUCACAUGGCAGAGCAUUUCUAAAGCCGCGAGUAUUUUGUAUGAGGGUUUUGGUUGGACCGUGGGUCGGGGGAUAAGAUCGACAUUUGGCGUGACAAUUGGGGAUUCGAAGGGCUUUCGGGUGCCUCAAUUAGGCUUGAUAGACAGACGGUCUAAGUGA